GCUGUUCCUUUCUUUCUUGUCUGGGUUGGAGAGAGGUACUUCUCGAAGCCCACCCCCUGGCCCCUGGCUGGAUAAGAGAGACUGUCACUCGCAGACAGGAGCCAGGGCAGACAAAGGGUUAUUUAUACAGCACCUCCCUCUAGCCCUCCCUCUCCUCAUCUCCUUUAGCUCCAACUCUCAACUUGUACAUUUAAAAAAAUACAGCUGCCAAGAAAGUGAGAGAGAGAGAGAGAGAAGCAAAAGAGAAAGCACUCCUGUCAAAAGCAAGCUUUGGAAUGAUGAAAAUGAAGAUUCUAUCAGCUCUUGUUUUGCUGAGCAUGCUGCUUGGUACUAACAUGAUGCCUUUCAGUCGACUUUCUUGUUACAAGAAAGUGCUAAAAGAUCGCAAUUGUCACAGCAUCCCAGAGGGUGUGGCCAGUCUUCGACGCAUUGAUGGAAAUCUUCAAGACCAGUUUUGGGAAGGGCAAAGCUGUGAGAUGAUCUGUUACUGCAAUUUUAGUGAAUUACUCUGCUGUCCAAAAGAUAUUUUCUUUGGACCAAAGAUCUCUUUCGUGAUCCCUUGCAACAACCAAUGAUGAGCAUCAUGUGUCCCAGUGAGAAGACACACACGGGACUUCACAACAGGAAAUUAACAAUGUUGUCAUAGAAAAUCUAUUCCUUUCUACAGCACUAGAGUGCAGAGCCUUAAUGUACCAAGUAGUAUAUGUGUCCCUGUCUAUAUAUAGAAGGAACCAUGGUUUGAAGAUUUAAUGGUAAAGCUCUCCUUUCCAACUUGAUAGCUACAUUUGUUUUCAUUAGAAGGAUUUAAGAAGAGGGGUGCAGUAGAACCUCUUUAAUUCACUGUGCUGAUCUGCCAACCCAGACAGUGUCAUAAAAGUUCUGGAGUUGUCACUCUCACAAAUUCUCAGCUGCUAUAAGGCAGUAUUGCACCUCACUACACUAUUUUACACCCGUUGAGGCCCUUAGUUGCAGUUCACUCUACUGAAGUUUCAUAUCAAUAAGUCUUCAUUACUUUAACAAAAAAGUAACUGAAAGCAGUGGGAGCUACUGUAUGUUCAGCACUUUUGAAAAUCUGGUCACUUAUUUAGGUGCCUAAAUAAGGUUUGAGGACCCUAACUUUUUACAUCUAUUUUUGAAAAUCUUGGUCUAAAAAGAUUGUUAAUCCUCUUGAGGUCAAUAGCAAGACUCCCAUUAGCUUUCAUGGAAAUACAACUGGACUCUAAAUUCACAAAAUACAGUUAUCCAUAAUGGGCCCUUAUUUAAACUCAUCUUUGCACUUUUUGUGUUUAGUACACAGCUGCUAUAAUGUAUAUAUUCAGUAAAACAGCUCCUGUUGAUGAGCCUGAUCCAAAAUCUUUGGAAGGCAAUGGGCCCUGAAUCAGGCCUCAUUUGAAUAUAGCACAUCGCAGUAGUAACUUAAAAUGCUAGUUCCCCAUCUUUAAUAUAGCCCUUUGGGAAAAGACAGGUGUGUAAUUAGACACAGAGACUAACCUUCUAAGCAUGUACACCUAUGCUAGUUUAAUGAAAGCUGUUUGUGAUAAGUAUUAAACGUUUCUUUUCAUUAACAUAUGGUAAUUCCUAGAGCUACCAAGUUAAUCAGAUGGAAAAGUGUGAAAAUAUCUAGUGUAAAAUAUAAAACUUUAAUAUAGUUAUCUUGUGCUAUUCUUUUUCAAUGACACUUUCUGCAGUAGUCAUUUUAUGAAAAUUACAUUGGCAAUAGCGAAUUUUUUAAUGCUAAUAGACAACCAUACUUCACUUACAUGACAACUUUGUAUCAAAUACAAAAUAUGUUCAGAAAUUUUGCCAUCUAUAAUGGUUGGAUGAUUGUAUUCUUGUAUGUUGGUAAUCUUGUACCUAGUUGGUCAGAGUGUUUUCUGGACUAAAUGCAAAUGAUAAAUGUGUAUUCAAUCAAUCAAUUAUGCAUAUUAAGUGAUUUGCACCAAACAGUUUCACAAUGACCAGCUGCAAGACAGAUGCAAUUUUUUAGAAAGUCUCAGUCUACCUGUCCCUCAUUCACUGGUUUUCCCAUCGCCUGAUCAAACUAUGCAAAAAAGAGAAGCCCUGAGCAGAGUUCAGAGACAACAAACUGUUAAGAAUCUCAGUAGGUGCAAAUAAGAGCUGCUGAAACCUAGGGAUGUCUGGAAAGCUUGAAGCACUGUCCUGCCAUCAAUCAGCAAGGUGUGGAGAGACAAGCUCUCUUUCCUCUUCCAGGUUCUACCUGAAUUACACUAUGCUUGCCGCUGCUCACAACUUUCCAAAGCAGUAGCAGCAAAACUGACAAUUGUCACUGUCACAUCUUCAUACGGCAUUCUGAACGUGGCAGUAAAAUUAACCAGUUCUGUAAAAUUCACCAAAUUCCUUCUUCUGCUGCUGGUUGGGGAAGGCUCUGCAAGCUGCAGAUUCAAAAAGACAGCACCACAUCCUCUCUCAUGCAGAAGGUUAUAAUUACCACAGUAUUAAGAGCCAGAAAUAAUGUUUUGUUUUUUUAAGAACAGAAGCUUAAGACUGGAAGUUUAGUUUCCAUCAAAACUUAGGCUUUUGGCUCCCUCUUGCACCAAGGAAAGUUUCCACUCACCCCUGUCAAGUACCAAAGAGGAUAUUUCAAGCCCUGUCGUGUGCAACAUGAUUAAGAUGCAAUAGAACAGGGUUUCUCAGACUUUUGUAGUGGUGAUCCCUUUCACAUAGCAAGCCUCUGAGUGCAACCCCCUAUACAUUAAAACCACUUUUUUAUAUAUUUAACACCAUUAUAAAUGCUGGAGGCAAAGUGUGGUUUGGGGUGGAGGCUGACAACUCACAACCUCCCAUGUAAUAACCUUGCAACCCCCUGACCCCCCAGUUUGAGAACCCCUGCAAUAGAAGUUUAAAUACAUCCACAUUUUGGGCAUCCUACUUAUUAUCUUACUGAAUUUAACUUACUCUAUUUCCAUCAGUAGGAUGGUGCCACUCAAGGUAAUACUUAGUUUUCAAAGCACUUUACAAAACAUUACAAUGCAAUCAAUGCACACAUUAGAAGAGAAGGUCCAUGAGUACGGCUACUGAAUACAGGCAAAUAGCUAUGUCUGGUUGUACAGUGCUGGCUGAAGUUUGAUCAAGAGUGUGUGAAAAUGUAUGGGACAUUGCAAAUGCAAAAGAAAUUCCGUCACUGAUAAUUACUGGGAAAACAGGCAGUUUGAGCAUGGGGAUUAUUUCCAUCAAUAAAGGGCUACAGGUAAAGAAAAAUCAAAGAACUAUAAGCAAUAAAAGCAAGUUUUUGAGGACAGCAAGAACCUGCUAAACCACCACAUCUAGCAGCAUGAGGGACAGGGUAAACAAUGAUAAUAUUACUUUCACACAUUUUUCUUAAAGUGAAGGUAGCUCAUCAUUGAAGUAAUGUUCAGAGUUUUAUAUCAAUCAUGCCUCAGUGAACAUAGAGAGAUGCUGCGUUCUUCUCAGUUUUAAGAUGCCAUCUCACUUGUUUCUCCUCACAGCUCAGAAGACAAAGCAGAAAACUGCAUAUCAUCCAGAAUUUCAUUGUUCUGGUAAGGGUCAUUGGAACUACAGGAGGUUUUGUAUUGUAUCAUAGCUGUCACACUGAAUACUGUAAACUUUACUAAAAUAUAUACAUUAAGAUGCAAGUGCUAUAUGUAAAGGUAACAAUUCUUUAAAUUAAUGAUCUGUAUGCAUUUUCCAGCUGUGAGUUAAUGCAGACUUCACCUGAACAAAACACAGCAUGUUUAUUAAACAAUAUUGAAACAGA